ACUUGCUUGUUGCUUGCACACAAGCGGACACAAUGUCGGUGCUGCACGUCGAUGUGGACGCGUUCUUCUGCCAGGUGGAGGUGGCACGCCGAAACCACCGCCAGCAGCACCACCAGCAGCAGCAACAACAACAACAACAACAACAACUGCGGCAGCAACGGCAGCAACGGCAGUACCAGAAGCGACUGCGAUAUGUACAGGACGAAGGUGACGAGUCGCACGCGAGAUUCCGUGCAGUGGUGGUUGAGGAGGAGGAAGCGGAUCGGGAGAAAGCAGCGAAGCAUGGCGCCGAUCGCCACAACCACGAGCAGGCGCAGAUGUUGACGUGUCACACGCCAGUAUGCGUGCAGCAGCACCAGGACAUUAUUGCUGUUUCGCACGCCGCUCGCAGGCUGGGCGUCUACAAGCACAUGACACCACGCCAAGCAAGACGGGUCCUUCUCCCGCGUGGAGGCCAUGUUCUUCACGUCUUCACGGAGAGGUUGUCGGGGCGAGUGUCAUACCGCCCGUAUCGACGUGCAUCAAAGCAAGUCAUGGACGCAAUACGGAGCGGUCUGACAAAACAGGACCUGCUGCAAGUGGCCAGCAUCGACGAGGCGUACAUUAAGCUGGGGACAAGCGACACUUCGACGGCACUACGCGUGGCCAAAGCGGUGCAGCGCGCCUGCUAUUCCCUCACGGGGUACCGCGUCUCUGUUGGCGUGGCUCACAACAUGCUGCUGGCGAAGCUUGCCUCGUGCCAGGCCAAGCCGUUUGGCAUCGUCUGCCUCCGAACAACUGCGGAUGCUACACGGGUACUUCAAUCCACACCACCUUGGAAGCUUCCUGGACUCGGGCCCAAGAAACAACUCUUGCAACAAGCCAACAUUGCCAGUGCCGCUGCCUUGCAGCGUCUCUCUCAGCCCGAAAUCGCCAACCUGCUGCGUGUGGAGGCGAGCGAGGCGGCGCGUGUGCUGGAGUGGUGCUUUGGCCGCGACCACCGCCACGUCACGCGCCAAGGGCCACCGAAGAGUUAUGGAACACACAGCUCCCUUACCCCGGUUGCAAAGCUCGAGUAUGACGAGCUGGGUAACCCCACUGGAAAGAUGUUGAACCCGGUCACCAUCGAGUGCCGAGACGUCCUCAUGCGCUUCUUCCAGGACAUGUCGGUUGAGCUGUUGGAACGCAUUCAGGAGUUUCCAUCACAAGUGCCACGAACACUCACAUUACACUGCAGGCGUCAUGAGGUUGCCUCUGAAGUUGCGCGGAGUGUUGCCUUUCCGUCGUCCGUGUCCCUCGGUCGAGUCAUGGAUGAGAGCGAGCUUGCAGGCAACGCGACCAAGCUCGCCAAGACUGCGUGGUCUCUGCUGCGCUACCUCAUCAAGGACCCAACACAGCUCAUCACACGAGUGUCCCUGGUGGCGACAAAUAUGCGCAAGCGCCCGGAAACGCGUCAGCUCAGCCACUACUUUGCACGCAGCAGAAGCAGGAAGCACGGCAGUAGCGGUGAUGAUGGCAAUGGUGAUGAUGGCACACCGCCUGCAAAGCAACCAAAGUGUCAACCACAUCAACGGCAGCAGCAACGGCAGCAGCAGCAGCAACGGCUGCAGCAACACAAGGCACCCGCGCCUGAUGCAGACCCGUCCACUGCAGAAGAACCGGUGCAUGAUCGACAGCAUCAGGCGAUUGAGAUGGUGAUGCUUCCAGAGGAGGACCGUGAAGACCAUGGCAACACUGCUGCUGCUGCUGCUGCUGAUGAUGAUGAUGAUGAUGCUGAUGAUGAUGAUGACUCGCCGUUCUCAGAUGAGCACUGGCGGUUUGAUGAUGAACAGCUCGCACACCGUGUCGUGCCACCCCAGCACUUGCACCUGUGAUGCGGCGUAGCGACCACGCACGCACGCACGCACACACACACACACACACAGAGACACACACACACACACAGACACACACAC